AUGUCGCACCAGACAGGUAUACAUGCAUCAUCAGAUUUGAGGGAAUUCCUUGCAAGGGCAAGAAGAGGAACUGUCAGGCUUAUAAAGAUAGUCAUAAGGAACGAGCAGCUGGUUCUGGGGAUGCACAUAGAGCCAUCACAGAGCUGGGACAGGGAUUAUGACCAGUUUGUGCUUCCACUGCUGGACUCUCUAGAGCCCUGCUACAUCCUAUAUCGCCUUGAUUCACAUAACGCUCAGGGUUAUGAAUGGUUAUUCAUCUCUUGGUCACCUGAUCAAUCACCAGUGAGACUGAAGAUGAUGUAUGCUGCCACCCGUGCCACAGUCAAGAAAGAGUUUGGUGGAGGUCACAUUAAGGAUGAAAUGUUUGGGACAGUACAGGAAGACAUAUGUUUCCAAGGUUACUUACGACACGUGUCAUCCAGUUCUAUCCCAGCACCACUCACAGCAGCUGAACAAGAGCUACAUCAGAUUAAGAUCACAGAGGUGAAGACGUCAGAGAUCAGUGUGGAACGAAAGCAACACACCCUCCAGGGUUUAGCGUUCCCAUUGCAAGAGGAGGCAAAGAGGGCCUUACAGCAACUAAAACAGAGACGUGUCAACUAUAUUCAGCUUAGAUUGGACACUGAGAGGGAGACAAUUGAACUGGUCCACACAAACCCAACGGAGACGCAAGAGCUUCCUUGCCGAAUUCCAACCGAUGCCCCUCGUUAUCACUUGUUUCUCUAUAAACACUCCCACCAGGGGCAGCUGCAGGAGGCUGUGGUGUUCAUAUACUCCAUGCCGGGGCACAGCUGUAGCAUUAAAGAGAGGAUGUUGUACUCCAGCUGUAAGAACCGGUUGCUAGAUGAGGUUGAGAGAGAUUUUCAACUGGACAUCACUAAAAAGUUGGAGAUUGACAGUGGGGACUUAUUGACUGAGGAGUACUUGUACGAGGAGGUUCACCCCAAGCAGCAUACCCUAAAGCAAGCCUUCGCCAAGCCAAGAGGCCCUACAGGGAAGAGGGGCAACAAGCGCGUUAUCAAAGGAGCAGGGGAGAAUGGUGAUGAGAGCUAG